GCAGUUUUCUUUUAGUCUGCUGCUUCAAAAUGACCACAGUUGAAUCAAAACCUCUCUGAAACCUUCAUGACGGAUUUAUUGCUGGGCAGUUUUAGGUGAAGGCUAUCUUGGUAACUGGGUGUGUCUCUUCAUCAAGAGGUGCUUGUUGUGGCUCUGAUGAGAAGACCUACGUCGUGGGAGGCUGGGCCUGGGCUUGGUGUCUCAUCUCAGACACCCAAAGGAUAACCCUGGAGAUCAUGACUCUGCAGCCCCGAUGUGAGGAUGUGGAGACAGCAGAGGGGGUAGCCAUCACUGUCACAGGGGUGGCUCAGGUGAAAGUCAUGACAGAGCAGGACUUGCUGGCUGUGGCCUGUGAGCAGUUCCUGGGUAAAUCAGUCAUGGAAAUCAAAGCUGUAGUUCUGCAGACUUUGGAGGGACAUCUGCGCUCCAUUCUAGGUACCUUGACUGUAGAGCAGAUCUAUCAGGAUAGGGACCAGUUUGCCAAACUGGUGAGGGAGGUAGCAGCUCCCGACGUGGGCAGAAUGGGCAUCGAGAUACUCAGCUUUACCAUAAAGGAUGUUUAUGACAAACUCGAUUAUCUGAGUUCCCUCGGGAAGACCCAGACUGCAGCUGUCCAGAGGGAUGCAGACAUCGGCGUGGCUGAGGCAGAGAGGGAUGCUGGGAUACGGGAAGCAGAAUGUAAGAAAGAGAUGAUGGACGUCAAAUUCCAGGCUGACACUAAGAUGGCUGACUCCAAACGAGAACUGGAGCUGCAGAAAGCUUCUUUCAACCAGGAAGUCAACACUAAGAAAGCAGAGGCCCAGCUGGCGUAUGAGCUGCAGGCCGCCAAGGAGCAGCAAAAGAUCCGUCUGGAGGAGAUUGAGAUCGAGGUGGUGCAGAGGAAGAAAGAGAUCACCAUUGAGGAGAAGGAGAUUGACCGGACAGACAAGGAGCUCAUUGCCACUGUCAAGAGGCCCGCUGAGGCCGAGGCCUACAAAAUGCAACAGCUGGCUGAGGGGCAUAAGGUGAGGACGGUGCUGAUUGCCCAGGCUGAGGCAGAGAAGAUCAGGAAGAUUGGUGAGGCGGAGGCUUGCUCCAUCGAAGCAGUGGGCAGGGCGGAGGCUGAGAAGAUGAGACUGAAGGCUGAGGCCUACCAGCAGUACGGAGAGGCAGCCAAGACUGCCCUGGUCCUCGAAGCUCUGCCUAAGAUUGCUUCCAAGGUUGCGGCGCCCUUAGCCAAGACCAAUGAGAUAGUCAUCCUCAGUGGGCAGGGCAGCCGCGUGACCGGCGAGGUGAACCGCCUUUUGGCUGAACUUCCUGUGUCAGUCAAUGCUCUUGCUGGACUGGAUUUGUCAAAGAUGCCGUUGCUACAGGGUUUGACCAGUACUCACGCCUGAAAGCCGACGACUUCACAUGACUUGUUGUUGUAUGCACUCUGACAGACUGCCUUUAAUACACUUGAAGAAUUUUGUUGUUUUAUACGUAUCUACUGUAUACAAGUGAAUUUUGGAAACCUCUGGUGCCUUACUUUAUACAGGACCAGAAUAUCUGCAUGCACUGCUGCUCAUUCAGAGAUUUUUUUUAUUUAGUUUUAACAUGGGAACAUUUUGUGUUGUGUUUUGUUUUGUUUGAAUCGUAUAUUGGCCCAUUUGUAUGAAAUGUCAUUGAAAAGGAGAGCCGAUAGUCGACUGGUGUGAUGUUAACUCCUAUUUUUUGAUAUUUAUACAUUUAGGUCCUGCUUUUUCAAACAACAAGGCUCUCACUUUUUAUAUUCCAUAUGUUGCAGGCCUUUUGUUGAUUUAUGUCUUUCUAUAUUGUUAGACACGUCUGCAUAACCUAGAUCAUCUAAAUUUACUGUAGAACGUUCUUUGUAAAUCACAUGUUGUAAUUUAUAACUACCAAAUGUUAUUCAGGUUAAUUUAUGUCUCAGUGAUUGAGUUUUACGCUGUAACAGGUGCUCACAAUGUCAAAAUAAGCCCCUUUGAUUGUGUAAAUAUUGUCUGUUCCUCUAAAAGAAGUUUCACUCUCCACAAACUGUUGACAACAGGCAUGAGAUAUAUGCUUUUUAUUUAUAUGCUGGCAGGAAAACAGGAAGCAAAUUCUGAUCGUGUACUGAUAUGGUUAGCUUGUGAUGUGGUCCUUUUUUAGGAUUUAGUUUAGGGUUUUAAUGUAAGAUGUUAUUAGUUUAGAACUUGAUUAAGUUUGGAAACAAACUGUUGGUGUCACGCCAUCAAUAGAUGAAAAGACUAAAUUGUAAUUGUUAAAACGACUGGCUUGGAGUUGUGUGAGGUGUUUUAUUGUGGCACACAAGGCCAAAACACAGUGAGGUCAAAUAGAUUAGAUCGUCCUUUAAUUAUUUUUUGUAGCAGAAGGAUUUGGGAUACUGCAUAGUUUAUCUGAUGUUUAAAUUUCAUACUACAAAUAUCUGUAGAUGCUAAGCCAUGUUUGACAGAGUGUCAACAAACCAAACUUUUACACUUUUCAGAGAAACACAGAACUUUCUGUUCAAUGUUUGUACAUGUCGUGCUUUGUUUGUUUUAAUAACUGUGACAUCAAAUGUAAAAUUAUCUUCUAGCAGAGUUAUUUAACUUAUCAAAGUUAAAGUUUUAAUCAUUAAUAUUGCUGUUUGUAAAUGGUCGCAAUGCUUUGUUGUUUUGGCGUCUAAUGCACCAAAUGUUAAGCUCCAGUACAGUACACACUGGGGGUGGUGGACGGGUACAAUAUAUUAUUGGACAGAAACGGUUGACCCCUCCUAUGAAAUAUGUCAUCCGCUGAGCCAGAACCUGUUUGUCAGUAGAAGACUGUUUGUCUCAUCCUCAGUUGAUUUAUGUUUGUAUCAUUCUUUGCUGAUGUUGUGACUUGACAAAAUACUGUGACCAUAUUGAUUUGUUUAGCUUUACACAUGUCCAGUGUAAAUAUGACAUGUUUGUGUUGGAUUCUUAUUUACAACACAUAACACUGUGUGUCUCAAAUGGCCAUGAGUUCCUGUAUGCUCUUGCUGCAUGUCAUCUGUCUGUACUAAUCAGUUAACUCUUAGCUAAUUGUCAUUCUAAUAAAUAAAAAUGCCAUAAUUUAUUAA